GAACAUAAUACGGAAGUUCAAUCUGAAACAACAGUGCACUGUUUCUGAAAGCCCAAAGUGUCCGCGAGUGUUUGCGCAGGGAACGGAGCCGAGACCGGGGACCGGGACGGACCACGGAGCCGUACCCGAAUGUCUGGCGUUGAGACGCUGUGGAAUGCAUAGUUUCGUUAACUUAUAGGACAAACUGUAACUGUACUCUGGGUUAAACUAGUCCUGAACACCCCUAAGGCAGUUUGGUCCAAACACGUGGAAACACGAGAAUGCAGAGCAAUUAGGUUAGGUUUUUUUUUCACUGCUCACGCGCCCCGUCUUAUGACCACAGGCAGCUCUGAAUCUCGCUCCUGAGAGUCGGAGGUUUUCUUACCAGUUUAUCACAUUGCCUGAAGUUCUCGGAGGUCUUUACUGAAGCGGGAGUUGUAGAACCUCACAUGUCAUAACAGUUUCAUAUUUAUUCCAUAAGUGUCUCAACUGACUCGUACUUGGGAAAUUAGGCUAGUGGAGUGACUGGUGAAGUCAGUGCGCGUGGAUGUGUAGCAGACCACAGGAGGUCAGAUGAAGUGCCUGCUCGUGGCCAGCGAGAGCGCGGAGGUGCUGUUCUAUUGGACCGAUCCCGAGUUCCAUAUUCGCGUGCAAGAACAGUAUGGACCAACUAGCGACGACGGCGAGGGGCCCCAGCAUGCGUUUGAGGACCGCAUCAACACACUCUUCGCUCCCAUCAUUAUUUCCUGCAGCACUAUGGUGGACCGCCUGAGAGAGAGCUACACAACAUUCUGCACAGAGAGCAACGACAUCUACGUGCUGCACCAGUUUGAAGAGUGCCUGUACAUCGCUGUGAAUGGGGAUGGGGAGGAGAAUGAGGAUGACCUGAGGAGGAAGAUCUUCGUGAUAAAGAAGCUGACGGAGGUGAUGUUUGGGAUGGUCACGCUCAGCAGCACCCUCCUCAGGAAAGAGCUGCGUCCUCAGGACACUGAGCAGAGGAGAGCUCUCUGGCGCCGCCUGCAAGGUCUACUGGAGACGUACAGCCGACUGAGAGAACAGGACCAGAGCUUCCUGGUGGAGGCCGUGGAGAGGCUGAUCCACCCCACCCUGUGUGAGCAGUGCAUUGAGUUUCUGGAGCGGCGUCUGGUGCAGCAGCUGAACUCCAGCGCAGAGAGAGCAGGAGAGGAGGUGCAGCACGCCUUCAUCCUAGUGCACACCAAACUACUGGCCUUUUACUCUAGUCGGAAUGCCAGCACCCUGAGCUCAUCUGAUCUGCUCACUCUGAUGUUGAUGGUGCAGCACCUCCACCCCAGCAACCCAGAGAUAGAUGACUCCAGCCCAGAGGAUAUUCAGGACACCACGGCUGAUCCAGAGGUUUUCUACACACCUGAGCCUUCUCCCCCAGAACACCCUGCAGAUUGGUGUUCUCCGUCAGUAGAACUGGGCAGAACAGACAUGGAGGCUCCAAUGUUCCAGUUUGUGGAUCCAGACAUCCAGAUGGCGGAGGACAGCCUUCAGACACUGCAGAUGAAUCCUCCUGACCCGGCCACGCCCACCCGAGUCUUCCUGGAGACAACGCUCAAAGAGGGCUUCUUUCCCAUGAUGCCACACUCCAUGUACUCCCUCCCCCUGUGGCCAGGAAUCACACUGGUGCUCAUCACCAAGAUUCCCAGCAGCCAGGUGGCCAUGUCCAUCUACCACUUCCUGGAAACCGUCGCCAAGCUGGAGAAGAGGUUGAAGGAUGGGCAGGAGGGGGCAGUGCCACAACGAGGCCACACCCCUAUUCAGGAUCUCCGCAGCAAGAUGGACAAGUUCAUCCGGGUGCUUGGCAACAAUGAGAUUCAGACAUCACUGCUGCAGAAGGCCUGGGCGGAGUUUAAGGCCAAAGCCUUCAGCAGAGGAGGACCUGGUCUCAGCAGACAGUUGGUGCCUUACUGUAGAAACCUGCAUACCCAGCUGUGUGGGGUCUUCAGGCAGUGUUUUGUGUCUGGGAGCUGCAGCACUCAGAGACUUUCCCCCAGUCUACAGGACAGAGCUCUCACCAUGGUGCAAGACAAGCUGUUGGACUGGAAGGACUUCCUGCUGGUCAAGAGCAAGAGGAACAUAACUAUGGUGUCAUACCUUGAGGAGUUUCCUGGUCUGGUCCACUUCAUCUAUGUGGACCGAGCUGCUGGACAGAUGAUCGCACCGUCCCUCAACAUGACCGAACGGGCCAGCUCUGAGCUAGGCAAAGGGCCGCUAGCACAGUACAUCAAGAGCAAGGUGUGGAGUCUAGUUGGGACAGCAAGGCGCUACCUGCAGAAAGGCUACACCACCGUCACACAACGAGACGGAGAUUACUACUUGUGCUACUUCCUCUGGUUUGAGAAUGAGACGGGCUAUAAACUGGAGGUGGUGGACAUUCCCAGCCCGCCUGACUCUGCUCCCAUUGGAAUGCUGGCCUGGGAUUACUACAGGAAGCUGCUGAGGUACUACAGUAAGAGCCACUCCAGUGAGGUGGUGAAGUGCUACGAGCUGUUCACCAUGCACCUCGGCGUCAUUCCCAGCGACUACGUCCUGCAGCACUGCAGCCAGCUAGCACGCAAGCUCUGGGAGCCCUCGCGCAUUCCCCUGCUCUAGACACACACCCACACACACACACCCCCCCACACAC